GUUUGGGUUGGGGCGUUGCAGCAUGGGAGAUCCGGUCACGGAGCAAAUCGCCGCUCGAACGGAUUGGCAGCGCGCCCAGGAAGACCCCGCGGAAUUGCGAGACGUCGCCCAGCGCUUGGUGGAGGACGCGGUGGGGAACAGGAUCCCCUUCGGGGCUCUUUACAAGGAACAGAAGACGAUCGUGAUCUUCUUAAGGCAUUUUUUGUGCUACAUCUGUAAAGAAUAUGUGGAAGAUCUGGGCAAAAUUCCCAAGAAAUUUUUGCAAGAUGCAAAUGUUAGACUUAUGGUUAUUGGGCAAUCAGCACAUCAUCAUAUUCGGCCAUUUUGUAAUCUGACAGGUUACCCUCAUGAAAUAUAUGUAGAUCCAGGAAGAGAAAUUUAUAAAAUUCUUGGCAUGAAAAGAGGGGAAACCUCCAGCUCAGCAGUGCACAGCCCUCAUGUUAAAUCCAGUUUGCUAUCAGGAAGCAUUAAAAGCAUGUGGAGGGCAAUGACAAGCCCUGCAUUUGAUUUUCAGGGUGAUCCAGCUCAGCAGGGAGGCACUUUCAUUUUAGGACCAGGUGAUGAGAUUCACUUUGUGCACCUUGACCAAAACAGGUUGGACCAUGUCCCCAUUAAUACUGUUUUGCAGCUUGCUGGAGUUGAAACAGUAGAUUUUACCUACAGAUCUGAGAUUAUUGAUAUAUGAUUUUUUAGAAGAAAAAUACAUCUGCCGAGACAAGUAAUAUAUGUCAACCAACCAUUGUGGCAAUUCACCCAUAAUGAGGUUAUUGUGAAAUUAAUAAAAUAGAAGUAGCUCUAGAGUAUAUUUUUACACAUCAAAAAUGGCCUUUAAACUUAAUAUUGUGCUCAAGACACAAUAACUCACUUAACAAGAAAACAAGCCAUUAAAGCUGCUGCACAGAAAUACUGAUUUUAUAGAGUCUGUGGAUUUAUUUAAAUCACACUAUUCCACUUAAAAUUUAACUAAUUUGUGUUAAUGAUAGAAACGUAUAGGUAACAAUUAACCAGUCUUUUUGCCUCUUCAGUGUUUGAUUAAAACAAGACCUCAAAUCAAAACAAAAAUGUAAAUUUUAAUUGUUUAUAAUUACUUUCUUGAAAGCCAAAGUAAAGUGAAUGUUGUUCUGAAGUCUGUAAAAUAGAGACUGACUGAGAAAAAAGUGCUUAGAGAUUAAUUUCAUGGUAGACUACUGAUUGGAUAGUCUUUACUUUUAGUCUUGACACCCCGUUAAUCUUGAAUUAAAAGUUACCUGUAAA